AUGGAAGAACUUGGCCACACAACAUUAGAAACAACAAAACCUAAUUAUCUCAAUCUACUUCAAGAAAUCAAUAAACUUUCAAGUUUAUCAACUAAUUUGAAUGCUAUGAAUAUCACUGAAAUAGAGACAAUCUUCAACAAUAUGACUGAAAAUAUUGAUCGAAUAUCGGAUCAAAUGGUUCUUCAAAAAAGUUCAAUGUUUCUUAUUACAACAUUAAAUAUAAUUGUACGCAUUUCUGCUAUUGAUGGAUCUGAUUUGUUUAUAUCACGACAACCUUUUCAGUCAAUGUUUGAAAAAUUGAAUGAUCUAAUAUAUUGUAUUGAUACUAAAAAAGAUUAUUCUCCAGUGAUUGCCUCUGAUAUUUUCGAUGCAAUACUUCUGAACCUUGCAAAAGAUGAUUUUAUCGAAAUUUGCUUUCGACGAAUUCUUUCACAUGAGACAGUAACAACUAAAGGUAAUAUUCUUAGUGUUGGAAGGUGUUUAUUAAUAGACGUUCGGUACUUAUAUUUAGAUUCAGUGGAAACCAAUGGAGAAUCUUCACAAGAAGAAAGCAGUAAAUUCUACUAUAUCAUGAAUCAAUACCUAGCCCAUCCUACCAACUUUGUUCACAAAGCAGUUAUUCGAUCGAAUGGCGAAUUUAAAAACAGUUACAGUUCUCUUAUGAUCUCUUUUCAAGAAUUUAUUAAUAAUUAUCUAACAAAGGCAAACGAACACGUUUCUUUGCGUGUACUAUGUGUCACAAUAGCUAUUUUAUCUCUAUUAUGGAAUCUGACCGAUAAAAUUGCAAUAAUUUCUAUAUUUAUUGAUACUGGUUAUAUUCAAAAAAUUAUCCAGUGGAUUCAAACAGAUAUAUUUGCGUCUGAUAUCAGUGAUAUUGGUAAUCCAAUAGUUAAUAUUGUUUACAAUUUGACGAGAGACAAGACAGCUUUAAAACAGCUUCGUGGAGAAAAAGCGUUCGACAUUUUGAUGGAGCGUAAGCAGUUAAUCUAUAAUGAAAACGAUAGCCAGAUGAUACAAAGUUAUGGUUGGGCAUUAAUUGCACUAGCUACUAGUGAUGAACAAUCGGACGAAAAUAAAAAACUCAUUCUUGAUACUAGCGUAAAUUUAUACGAAUUGUGUAAGAAAAGUGAUCAAGAAAAUGACUUAAGAUUUGAAGGGUGUCAUUUAUCGGAAUUUCUGGAAUUAUUAGAUCGUGCUUUCACAAACACAUACGUAAUAAUACAUAUUCUGGAAGAUAAGAUCGAUGAAAAAUCAACAGCAAUACAGUAUUUUAUAGAGCUUUUUUUAUCGUUUUAUGGAGCUUUGCUGGAUCCAGAACCAGAUGAACUAGAAAAACGUGCUGUCAAAUAUUUACUUAGAAUUCUACUACAGAUUUCCAGUUAUCCGGAAUAUCUAAAACAAUUAAUUGAUAAUAAUCAGUUUUGUAUAAUCAUAGAAAGUCUUGCCAAUCGUCCAAAACGCGAUGAUGCAAAACGUAUUUGGUGUAAUAUUCAGCAAGUUAUAUCAACAAACGAACAGAAAAAAGAAAGAUCAUCGAAAAUCUACAUUAGCUAUGAUCGUACCGACGAAGAGUUUUGUAAAGAAUUUGUAAACGAGCUGCGUAAGAGAACAACAAUACCAAUUUGGGUCGACUAUGAAAAUGUUGACCUGUCUGAUGAUGUGUGGGAAUACGUAUCUCCGAAUAUUAUAUCGGCAACAGUGGUUAUUACCUUAGUAUCAACAGCCUAUGGUGAAAGUACUAAUAAAUUUCAAGAAUUAUCUUACAUAAUUUCUACUAAUAAAUCAAGAGAUGAAAAGAAAGGCUUAAUCGUAGUCGCAACUGAACCCAAUUUCAAUUUCAAUCGAUCUUGGAUGAAAGAUCUGUUACAUGACAAGACUAUGGUUCUCUAUGAAAAUAAUAUUGGUCAUAUGGCAUGGAACGUAUGUGAACAGAUUGGUGUGUUGAAGAAACCGCGAAUUAAAUGCCUAAAUUGGCUAUCCAAAAAUGUACGGAAAAAAACAGCUCAUUGUGAUGAUUUUUCAGCCAGAACUUUGAAAUUGAUUCCAGAAAAUGAUAAAGUCUAUUCUCAAAAGGAAUCGUCACAAGUGGAUGGCAGUACAGAUAUUUUACUUACAUCAAAAACACAUAGUUCACAGUCCAUUGUUUCUGAACUAAUAACGCAAACCGGAUCCGUUGGUGGUUCAACCUGGGUAUAA